UUUCACAGGGCUGGGAUGCUGAACCUCCCAAGUGGCUUCUCAUCUGUGGAGGUGUCAGAGAGCUUUGGUUUCUCCCUGUACAGAAGAUGCUGGUGUGGAGGGGGAGAGGGGUGUCUGAAGGCCGAUGAGGGAGCUGUGAUGGAUAACAAGGACUCAGAAGCUGAGAUCCACCCUCUGAAAACAGAGGACGUGAAAAUUCAGGAGAACCAUGAGAACUCUGUGGAGAGGAGGAUUCUCACCAAGCAGUCCUCCCAGCUGUCCCGCCUGUCCCGCUGGCGCACUGCUGCCUUCUUCAUCUCCUUGUUUCUCUGCCUGAUAAUUGUCUUUGCUUUCUCCUUCAUCAUUCCUUGCCCAGAGAGGCCAGUUUCAGAAAGGACCUGGUUCCGAAACUACGACGAUGCAGUGGCCUACCAGUUCCUUGCUAUAGAAGAUGUGAACGAAGACAAAGUGCAGGACGUCGUCUUUGCCUUCAGAGCUGGCAACGGCAGCAGCAGCUUCAACACAUCCUGUCUGGAUGAAGGUCUGCCUUCUCCCUGUGCCUUCGUUGCUGCUGUGUCUGGCACCAAUGGCAGAGCACUCUGGGAGAGGCCAGCAGCUGAGGAGGUGAUGUGGCUGGAGUGUGGCAUCAGGCAGCUCGGGGGGGCUGCAGCCCCUGGAUGCCUGGUGGUGGGGAAGCCGCCGGCUUUGACAGCGCUCGACCUGCGGACGGGGGAGGUUCAGUGGAGACAGCCCAGUGACUUUGGAGCUAAUUCUAGUGUGCUGCCUCCCGUGGCAGUGAUUCCAGAUGUGGACAGUGAUGGAGUUCAGGACCUGAUAAUCUUUGUUGCUACAGGAGAUCAGAUUAAGACCUUCAUCCAUUCAGGAAAACAUGGCAAGCAGAUUGGCUCUGCUGGGAGCCUGGAGGUGGGUGGGAGAGCUCACUGCAUCAGGCUGAACCUGGGCUCCUCCUCCUACUUCCUUUUCUAUACAGAGAACUCUCUCUAUGCAUAUUCCCUGAAAGAUCUGUACAGUGCAGCAACUGGGAUGGAAAUGAAGCUUCCCAGCCUUGACCAAGAUCCUCAGUGGGAGAAGAACAUUGACCGCCCCACACACCGCCUGUCCCUGCUCAGCUCUGGAGACAUUCGUUACCUGGCCAAAAUCCCCAGGCAGUCACGAGAGAACAUCUUGGUUGUGGACUCAGAGGUGGCCAUGCUGAUCAACACACAGAACCUGCAGACUUUGUGGACCCUCAACUCGUCCCGUGUCAUCAGUGAACCCCUGCUUGGUUACUACAAACCUGAUGUUCUUGGCAUUGUCCUUGAGAGCGAGAUGGGGCCCAACAGAAAGAAGGUGAUGAUUGUUGAGAGUGGAUCUGGAGCAGUCCAGUGGGACCUGAAGCUGAGCUCCCGAGCAGAGAGCCCCGGCCCAGCCGUGCUUCCCACUGCAGAUCAUCGCUCUGCCUUCCUGUUCUGGGGGGAAUACCAGGCACCAGGGAACCAAACGAGAUCCAGAGCCCCUCUGCAGAAGCUGUAUCUUUUCCAUCCUUCCUACACCAACGUCCUCUUGGAGCUCCGCAAUAGCACAGACCAAAUAAUUGGGUUCACUGCCGCGCUGUUCGAGCGGAGCCGUCACGCCUGCUACGUGCUGCUGAGGGGCCCUCAGCCCGGGCAGGAGCCAGGGCUCGUGUCUCUGAUGAAGAGGAAGGUGAAGGAGGACAUCUCCCAGAGCAGGGUGAUCUGGCUGAACCAGGUGGCUGUGGACAGUGAGCAGUACGUCCGGGACCGCCUCUACAGGAUGCGAUUCCAGAGCCGAGUGUGAGCUCGCCGAGGGAAGGGCAGAGACUGCCCUGGCCUGGGGGUCUCUGAGGGUCUUUCCUCUGCAGCCCUGCUCCUGGCAAACCCAGGCCACCAGCUCCAUCUGCAAACCAAAGCAUAGCUGGCAGGGAGGCACCUGCAGUGCCUGGGGACCCCUGGGCUGCGGGGGCAGCUGCCAACCCAUCUGUCCCCAGAGCUGAUGGGACUUCAGUGCUUGGCCAGCACUGAAGUGUUGUCAGCUCGGAGCAGAAGGCUUUCCCCUCCAUCCUUCCGUGCCCAGCCUGGGUCUGGAGAACACCACAUGCUUGCUGGGGGUGCUGGAGCUGGUUGUUUCUUGGGUGCUUGCUUGAGAAGCGUGGAGCUUCCGUGUGUGGAAUUCCAUGCUCGUAUUCCUGAGCUGGCUCUGCUGGCUGCAGGAGGGGCA